CACAGGUUCUCCACCUGCGCUGGGGAGCUCUGGCCGCUUCUCCUCCUCCUGCCGGUGGUGAGCUGGGGGCCUCGGGGCGGGCAGUAUCUGAGCCGGCCAAGCAAUUCCCGAGGAGGACGGGCUCACCCCCCCUCCCCACGCUAACUCCGCCUAUUUAAGCCCGGCGGUUCUCCUCCCCCUUACCUCCCCUCGCCUCUGUCCCGGUCUUCUUCCCGGCUCCUGCCCGCCCCUUGUGCCCUGCUGAUUGAAAGCACUCUUAACUCGACGUGUCCGGAAAGCUGCGGCCAGUUUCCCUUUCGUUCUGCGGCCGCUGUUGCUAGUGGCGCGGAGCCUUCGGACCCGCGGUUUGCAGCCUCCAGUCGGGGGUGAGGCUUCUGGGGGCCUGGGGCCGGGCGGCGGGGCGCGCAGAGCACCAUGCUUGAUCCUUCUUCCAGCGAAGAGGAGUCGGACGAGGGGGUGGAAGAGGAGACCCGCGAGGUGUUGGUGGCGGCGGGCGGCUCGCAGCGGGCGCUGCCGGUCCCGACUCGGGAAGGGCGACGGGACGCGCCGGGGCGAGUGGGCAGCGGCGGCACCGCCAGACCUGUAAGCCCGAGCCCCUCAGUGAUCAGCGAGGGUCAAGAAGAGCCCGAACGACAGCUGGACGAGGAACAGGAGCGGAGAAUCCGCCUGCAGCUCUAUGUCUUCGUGGUGAGGUGCAUCGCCUACCCGUUCAAUGCUAAGCAGCCCACCGACAUGGCCCGGAGGCAGCAGAAGCUUAACAAGCAGCAACUGCAGUUAUUGAAAGAACGGUUCCAGGCCUUCCUCAAUGGGGAAACACAAAUAGUGGCUGAUGAAGCAUUUUGCAAUGCAGUUCGGAGUUACUAUGAGGUUUUCCUGAAGAGUGACCGAGUGGCCAGAAUGGUUCAGAGUGGAGGAUGUUCUGCAAAUGAUUUCAGAGAAGUUUUUAAGAAAAACAUAGAAAAGCGUGUCCGAAGUUUGCCAGAAAUUGAUGGCUUGAGCAAAGAAACAGUGCUUAGCUCAUGGAUAGCAAAAUAUGAUACCAUUUACAGAGGUGAGGAGGACUUGUGCAAGCAACCAAAUAGAAUGGCCCUCAGUGCUGUGUCUGAACUUAUUCUGAGCAAGGAGCAACUCUACGAAAUGUUUCAGCAGAUUCUGGGUAUUAAGAAGCUUGAACACCAACUCCUUUAUAAUGCAUGUCAGCUGGAUAAUGCAGAUGAACAAGCAGCUCAGAUCAGGAGGGAGCUUGAUGGUCGCUUGCAAUUGGCAGAGCAAAUGGCUAAGGAAAGAAGAUUUCCCAAAUUUACAUCAAAAGAAAUGGAGACUAUGUUUAUAGAAGAGUUGAGAUCUUCAGUAAAUUUGCUAAUGGCCAAUUUGGAAAGCCUUCCAGUUUCCAAAGGUGGUCCAGAAUUCAAAUUACAAAAGUUAAAGCGUUCACAGAAUUCUGCAUUUUUGGACAUAGGAGAUGAAACUGAGAUUCAGCUGUCAAAGUCUGAUGUGGUACUGUCAUUCACCUUAGAGAUUGUCAUAAUGGAAGUGCAAGGUCUGAAAUCAGUGGCUCCCAAUCGAAUUGUUUACUGUACAAUGGAAGUAGAAGGAGGAGAAAAGCUGCAGACAGACCAGGCUGAAGCCUCGAGGCCACAAUGGGGCACUCAAGGAGAUUUCACCACUACCCAUCCUAGACCCAUAGUCAAAGUGAAACUCUUCACGGAGAGCACUGGGGUUCUUGCCCUUGAAGAUAAAGAGCUAGGAAGGGUAAUAUUAUAUCCUACUUCUAAUAGCUCCAAAUCAGCUGAUUUGCACCAAAUGAUAGUUCCAAAGAACAGCCAAGACUCUGACUUAAAAAUCAAGUUGGCCGUGAGAAUGGAUAAGCCACCACAUAUGAAACAUAGUGGAUAUCUCUAUGCCCUGGGACAAAAGGUUUGGAAAAGAUGGAAAAAACGUUACUUUGUUCUUGUUCAGGUUAGCCAGUACACCUUUGCAAUGUGCAGUUACAGAGAGAAAAAGUCUGAACCACAAGAAUUAAUGCAGCUUGAAGGAUACACUGUGGAUUACACAGAUCCCCACCCAGGUCUUCAAGGUGGUCAGAUGUUCUUCAAUGCUGUAAAGGAAGGGGACACUGUGAUAUUUGCCAGUGAUGAUGAGCAGGAUAGGAUACUAUGGGUUCAAGCCAUGUAUAGAGCUACUGGCCAAUCUUAUAAACCCAUACCUGCAAUUCAGACCCAGAAGCUGAAUCCUAGAGGAGGAACUCUGCAUGCAGAUGCUCAGCUUUGUAAGUUUUAUGCAGACCGUUUUCAGAAACAUGGUAUGGAUGAGUUUAUUUCUGCAAAUCCUUGCAAGCUUGACCACGCCUCCCUUUUUAGAACACUCCAAAGGCAGACUUUGGAUCAUCGACUGAAUGAUUCCUAUUCAUGCCUGGGUUGGUUCAGCCCUGGACAAGUCUUUGUGUUAGAUGAGUACUGUGCCCGUUACGGUGUGAGAGGGUGUCACAGACAUCUCUGCUACCUUACAGAACUAAUGGAACAUUCAGAAAAUGGUGCUGUCAUUGACCCAACCCUGCUCCAUUACAGCUUUGCAUUCUGCGCCUCUCAUGUGCACGGCAACAGACCUGAUGGAAUUGGAACUGUUUCAGUGGAAGAAAAAGAGAGAUUUGAGGAGAUAAAAGAAAGACUUUCUUCCCUUUUAGAAAAUCAGAUAAGCCAUUUCAGAUACUGUUUUCCCUUUGGACGGCCUGAAGGUGCUCUAAAAGCUACGCUCUCAUUACUUGAAAGGGUUUUAAUGAAAGAUAUUGCCACACCCAUACCAGCAGAGGAGGUGAAAAAAGUGGUCAGAAAAUGUCUGGAGAAAGCUGCCUUGAUCAAUUACACUAGACUCACAGAAUAUGCCAAAAUAGAAGGCCCAACAGAAUAUGAAACAGAGACCAUGAACCAAGCAACACCUGCUAGAAAACUGGAAGAGGUUCUUCAUCUAGCCGAGCUCUGCAUAGAAGUCUUACAGCAGAAUGAAGAACAUCACGCAGAGGCAUUUGCUUGGUGGCCUGAUUUAUUGGCAGAGCAUGCAGAGAAAUUCUGGGCUUUGUUCACAGUGGAUAUGGACACUGCACUGGAGGCUCAACCACAAGAUUCCUGGGAUAGUUUUCCUCUUUUCCAACUACUUAAUAAUUUCCUCAGAAAUGACACACUUUUAUGCAAUGGAAAAUUUCACAAACACUUGCAAGAAAUAUUUGUGCCCUUGGUUGUCCGCUAUGUUGAUCUCAUGGAGUCUUCUAUCGCACAGUCAAUUCACAGAGGUUUUGAGCAAGAAACAUGGCAGCCUGUCAAGAAUAUCGCCAACAGUCUUCCCAAUGUAGCUCUUCCAAAAGUUCCAAGUCUGCCUCUUAAUCUUCCACAGAUUCCUAACUUUGGUACUCCUUCGUGGAUGGCUUCUUUAUAUGAGUCCACCAAUGGCACAGCAACCUCUGAAGAUCUUUUUUGGAAACUCGAUGCACUGCAAAUGUUUGUUUUUGAUCUACACUGGCCAGAACAAGAAUUUGCCCACCACUUAGAACAAAGACUUAAACUAAUGGCCAGUGAUAUGAUAGAGGCCUGUGUCAAAAGAACAAGAAGUGCAUUUGAACUCAAGCUGCAAAAGGCAAGCAAGACAACUGACUUGCGCAUUCCAGCUUCUAUAUGCACAAUGUUUAAUGUAUUAGUUGAUGCCAAAAAGCAAAGCACCAAACUCUGUGCCCUGGAUGGAGGACAAGAGUUUGGUAGUCAGUGGCAACACUACCAUUCAAAAAUAGAUGACUUGAUUGACAACACAGUAAAAGAAAUCAUUUCACAGUUAGUUUCAAAGUUUGUUUCAGUGUUGGAAGGGGUAUUGUCAAAGCUGUCAAGAUAUGAUGAAGGCACUUUCUUUUCAUCCAUUUUGUCAUUCACUGUGAAAGCAGCUGCAAAAUAUGUUGAUGUUCCAAAGCCAGGAAUGGAUCUGGCAGACACCUAUAUCAUGUUUGUUCGGCAAAACCAGGAUAUUCUUCGAGAAAAGGUCAAUGAAGAAAUGUAUAUAGAAAAGCUCUUUGAUCAAUGGUACAGCAGUUCCAUGAAAGUCAUUUGUGUGUGGUUGGCUGAUAGAUUAGACCUUCAGCUUCAUAUUUACCAACUGAAGACGCUCAUCAAAAUUGUGAAGAAAACCUACAGGGAUUUCCGAUUACAAGGUGUGUUAGAAGGCACACUUAACAGUAAGACCUAUGAUACUCUGCACAGACGUUUAACAGUAGAAGAAGCUACAGCCUCAGUUUCAGAAGGAGGAGGACUUCAGGGCAUCACAAUGAAAGACAGUGAUGAAGAAGAAGAAGGCUAACAACACAGCUAGCUCUAAGGAAGGAGAACCUUACCAUUGUUUAUUUUGUACCAUGUCCUCAUAAUUGCAUUGAUUGAUUGGACCAAAUAAAAUGCUUGUAUUUCACUCCACAUUUUAAGAAGUAUACUUGGAAGCAGAAAUGAAAAGAAAAAUGCCAUGUAAUUUUUUUUUGAAGAUCAACUGCAUUAUGUAGUUUGACCUGAAUGAUCUUUGACUCUGUUUCUGGUUGGAACAUGAACAUUUUUUUAGGUGAUGUGACUUAUUUCCUUUAACUACAUUAAUGUCUUGUGUGUGAAGUGAGAUGUGUGCUUCUCGUAACAUUGUGAAAAAUCACUUCUAAUCACUGUGCCAUCUCUUUUGUACCCCUGUUAAAGUAGUGUGUACCUAACAGUUUAUCAUUUAUGUGCAGGGUUUGUUUUGUAGUUAGUUAUUUUGCCAUAGUUGUGACUGUGUAAACGCUUUAACAUUGGAAAUUAGUACCUAAAUUGAUCUGCAGGUGUAUUCCUGGGAUCUAAGGACUACCAAACCCAAAUGUAGACUAGAUUAUCCAAUGGACUUGUGUCUUAUUUGUUCCAUUCAGAACAUUUCUUCUUCCAGGUGUAAAAAAAAAAAAGAAAAAUGUGUUGUAGUAAAUGUGAAACCAUCAACAUACCAUAGUCUUCUACUUCUAAUUGUAACAGCUUGCAGGCAAUAAAAAAAAUCCAUUAGGCCAUAACCACUUCUGUAUUUGUUAGACUUGUAUAGAUGAAAUGCAGUAAAAAAAAAAAAAAAUUGCAGUUACUUCAGACAUCCCUCUAAUUUGGUUUUGUUUUUGUUUUAUUUGUUUCUGUUAAUAAUCAGAUGAGUGAAAGGUAUGAACACUGCUUACACCUUGUAUAUACACACAAUUGUCAGAAAAAUUAGUUACGACAAUAACAUGCUUUCUGUUUGACAAAAUAAAUGUUGAUGCAUACUCA